CUCCCUAACAGACGCGUUUUAAAAACCUUGAAAGGUAACCCAAAAAAGACAAUCUCUACUAGGAGUAACCUUGGAUGGUUACAAAAAUGGAUUCCUUUUUGAGUCAUUUCAAGUCCAAGUUUCUAGCUAAGAUCAUAGAAUAAAUUCUCUAAAGAAUCAGAAAGAAAUAGAAUAAGUUUGAAAGAAAAUCUUUGGCAAGAUACAAGCAGCACAAGAGAGCCCCUGGUUUACAACUUCUAAGCAUCAACUAUUAAAAAAUCUCUCUAUCUCUCUCUCUCUCUCUGUUUAGCAUAAAAUAUGGGUUUAAAUCAGACAAAAUAAAUGCUUUGGACCUCAGAAGAAAGAGACCACAAAGUUUAUAAUUUCUUUUUGUUUCUCCAAAUUCACAUCACAUGCUUCUCUCUCAUUUGGCCAAACUCUUCUCUUAGCUGCCUAUUUAAGCACUUCCAACGCCUUCUUCCCCUUCCACACAUUCAGCUUUCUCCAUCUUAAAGAAAAGUACACUAUAUUCUAUUCUAUUCUCUUCGACCCCCUUUUAAAUUUAUCCUCUUGUUCUUUCUAUCCAUCCCUGUUAACAACACACACAAAUACUAUUAUGACUCAUAACAGUACUUGUAUCAGUAUCCCACCAUUGGCUCACACCAUUGAUGAUGGCUUCUUUGAUCAUCGGUGUAUAUGGGUCAAUGGACCGGUGAUUGUCGGAGCAGGACCAUCUGGGUUGUCUGUAGCUGCAGCUCUCAAACAACAAGGCGUCCCAUUCGUUGUCGUUGACCGAGCUGACUGCAUUGCCUCUCUUUGGCAACACAGGACCUAUGAUCGUCUCAAACUUCACCUUCCAAAGCAAUUCUGUCAACUUCCCAACUUCCCUUUCCCAGAGGAGUUUCCUGCUUACCCUUCCAAGUUUCAGUUCAUUUCCUACUUGGAAUCCUAUGCCAACCAUUUUGAUAUCACCCCACGUUUCAAUGAGACUGUGCAGUCAGCCAAGUAUGAUGAAACUUUUGGUCUGUGGCGAGUCAAAACCGUUUCGUUGAGUCCAAAGCCAACCGAGGUUGAGUACAUUUGUCGGUGGCUGGUCGUCGCCACCGGCGAGAAUUCUGAGAAGGUUGUGCCAGAGUUUGAAGGGAUGGAGGAGUUUGGCGGCCAUGUUAUGCAUGCUUGUGACUACAAAUCUGGCGAGGCUUACCAUGGCAAACGGGUGCUUGUUGUCGGAUGUGGGAACUCCGGCAUGGAAAUCUCACUUGAUCUUUGUAACCAUGACGCCAAGCCAUCAAUGGUGGUACGAAGUUCGGUUCACAUAUUGCCAAGAGAAAUACUUGGAAAAUCAACUUUUGAAGUUGCAAUUUCCCUGAUGAAAUGGCUGCCACUUCAUAUGGUCGACAAGAUGCUCCUGAUCAUUGCCAGACUUGUUCUUGGGAACACUGAGAAGUAUGGACUUAAA